AUGGCGUCACUCACGUUCCGUGGCUGUGCUCUGUGCACCGUAUCUUUGUUGAAUUUUGCCUUUGUUUUCAUAUCUGGUGCAGAUUUUAUCCGCUUUAUAUCAUUUCGAGCCAUUUACCAUAACAUCACCGGAGAGACGACACUCUGCCAAGACUCCAUACCAUGGUCAGAAGCCCUGCGGGACACUUCUGUCCUCAAGACUCUGGUUGUAGAUGUGGCUCUGCUGGCUGUCUUCAUCAUACAGCACAGUCUGCUUGCAUGGCCGCCCGUCAAACAGGCCUGUCAGUCGAUGCUGGGCUCCCUGAACAGGACCGCAUACUGCUUCGCCACUGCGCUGGCUCUCCAGGUUCUGAUGCAUUACUGGCAACCGGUAACUGGCGCCCCCUGUCUCUGGUCGGUGCGCCAAGCACCUUGGAGUGUUUGGUUCCCUCUGUUCUGCUUCACCGUUCACUUCUUCUGCUGGGCCAUCAUCUGCACCGUCCUUAUGAUGUUUGACUACCCAGAACUGAUGGGUAUCAAGCAGGUAUAUUACCAAUGCUUGGGGAUGGGCGACCCCCUCUCCUACAAAUCGUCCCAAACUAAGCGCUUCUUCUCUCACUACCGCCAUCCGGUGUGCCUGGAGUUUGGCGUGGUGCUGUGGCUCCUGCCGGCUUUAUCCCUGGACCGGCUGAUCAUGGCAUUAACGAUGUCAGUCUACCUAGUCCUGGCACAGUCGUUGGACAAACAGGAUUUAGCGUUCCUAUGCGAGCAGCUUAGCGGCAAGGUGCAGCUCUUUAUCGAAGCGACCUGGAACCGGGACGGCGACCACAAGGAGAAGUGA